AUGAACAAUAAAAUAAAAUCCAGAAGUUCGCUUAAAAAAGUGACUUCAGAGGAAGCCCAAACUGAGCGGUCAACAAGACGCCGAAUCAGUUUUAGCGGCAAAAAGUUUAUAAGAGAAUUCAAUACGACAGAGAAGCCCAGAGAUUACGACAACUCUUAUGAGAUAUCGGAUCACACCAAUGGCGACGACAGCUCGGGUCAAAGUCAUGUCACUGCAGCGUCGUCGUCUACACUGCAAAUUGCAACAACGCACACCUCAAUGCCGAUGCCGGAUAAGAAUCAGGAUAAGGAAAACGAAAAUAACACACCGCUGGUCAGUGUAAGAGAAUCGAUCUCAACGGAAUACGAUCAACAAAAUGGAAACGAUUUUACGCUUCAACUGCAGACGAGUGUUAAUGUGACGCUGAUGCCACAUGAAUUGGCCAAACAUCGUCGUCCUCGCAUGGAUUUGUCUGUAGUUCCCUUGGAUUCAAUGGCAUUCGACAGUUUAUAUCUAUCGGAUGUGGAACGGGAUAAGCUGCGUGAAAAUAGUAUGUUUAAAAUGCCAGUAAGUGAUAAGACCAUGGAUCUUAUGCCAUAUAACAUGGAAUUUGAUGAGGUGAAUCCCGCAACACCAGAACCAGGAAAGGAAAACCUUCAGCCAAAGGAAAGAGAUGUUAAGCAAAAGACAGUGCUAUUCGAAAACAACAACAAUAUAACGUGUGAUUUUAGUGACAUUGACCCACAACAAGUUGCUGCUUUCGAUAUGGGAGAUAAAGAUUCUAUGAGCUUUUUGCUAGAUGAUUCGACGUCCUCGCCGUUGAUACCAUUGGAUGUCAUUUCGGAAAAUGGCAUUAGGCGAAAGAUGAAUUUUCGUGAGCUAAACGAAGCCUUAAACUCUGGUCGUGUACAGCCCUUUCCCAAUGGUCCGAGAACGCCAACCACAUCGCGGAAUGUGAAGUCACAGCGUUUUUGGCAUGGAUUGGAGCAACAACCACCAAUGGGGACACUGCGAGAAGCCAUCAAACCUCGCGGCACUCUCAACUUUAAUGAGAGUAUAAUGAUGUCGCCUGUGCCUCAACAGCAGACCCACCAGUCCACAAAUGAACCAUUUAACAAUCGUUACUCCCAAGCGGAUGAACUAAUGCUGGACAAAACGAACUUUCUUGCUCACGCCAAAAUGGGUGAUGAAACGCAGUCCAGAAAUAGCUCCAAGAGUACAUCACGACGUGAAACAACCUAUGAUAACACUGCCAUGGAAUUGGAUGAGCUAGAGAAGCAGGAAGCCGCAGUUGCUGCUGCUCUGGAGAAAGCGACACGACGCCGGCCAAUAAACCAACGUCUGACAGCAAUGGAUGAAAGUGAUUUCAUAAAUUCCACUAGCCAGAAUUUCGUCCAUACAGAUCUGCAGGAUAAGCAACGACUCAGUCGAACGAUCCAAUUAAACGAAUCAAUUGAAGAGGAGUGUCUAGGCAAGGCACAAUGCACACAGGAACAUCAAAAGCUUGCUUUUGAACAGGAAUAUCUAAUCCGUAGACAAACAUUACACUUUACGGCAGCCAUAGAUGAAGAUACGGCGAGUUCUCGCAAGGAUUUACUUGCGAAUUCGUUAGCUCCUCGGCGCAGACAAACAUUACACUUUGUUGAAGACAUUGAAGAAGAAAUGCCAAGUCCUCGACCGGAUGUGAAGCAUCGGAAUUUCUUAGUUCCGCCACUCAAAGAACCGUCGAGCCGGCGCAGACAAACUUUACACUUGGCCGAAUCCAUUGAAGAGGAUGUUGUAAAGCCACAACAAGAAUUGAAGCCACAGGCAGGAAUUGCUGCAGUAAAACAGCGGACCGGACGUGGCAGACAAACAUUACAUUUGGCGGAAGACAUGGAAGAGGAUACGCAGUGUUUAUUAAAAGAUUUACAUGUAAAUUCGAUGGCUCCUCCAGUUGAACAAGCAGCUAGGCGACGCAGGCAAACAUUGCAAAUGUCAGAGCCAAUUGAAGAGGAUCUAGUUGGAGCAUACAAGGAAUUAAAGGAGGAGCAGCAACCCAGACGUCGCAGACAAACUAUACAAAUGGCAGAACCCAUUGAGGAAGAUCCACCAAAAGAUUCCAAAAAAACAAUGCCCUCAGCUGCUUUUGAAGCACGGAAAUACAACAGCCGUAGACAGACACUGCACCACGCCGAAGACAUUAAAGAAGACUUUGUAAUACCGCCGCCAGAAUUACAAUUAAGUUCAGUAGUAGCUGCAUCAGUGGAAAAGCUGAGCAACAGUCGCAGGCAGACAUUGCACUUGGCUGAGCCCAUCGAAGAAGAAGAACUAAUAAGCCCUCAGGAGAGUCUUAAAGUCCGACCAGAGGCAGAACCCAUUAAAAAGAAUAUAGCAAAGCUGCAGCAGGCAGCUUCUGCAGUGGAACAGCAGACAGGACGACUCAGACGAACAUUACACUUUGCUGAGGACAUUGAUGAAGAAAUGCCAAGUCCUGUUAAGGAUAUGCAGUCAAAUUCGUUGGCUUCUUCACUUAAAGAACAGCAGGCGAGCCGGCGCAGACAAACAUUACACAUGACAGAACCCAUUGUAGAGGAUUUAAUUAUACCACAGCAGGAAUUGAAGUCACAGCCAACUACGGAUGCAGAAAAUCAGCAAACGAGAAGGCGCAGACAAACCAGGCAGAUGGCAGAACCCAUUGAAGAGGAUAUAGUACAACCAACCAAGCCAAAGGCAGCGCCUGGUCCUGCUCCUGGACCAUUGCAGGAGAACAUUAUCCGUAGACAGACACUACACUACGCCGAAGACAUUGAAGACGAUCUUGUGGUGAUGCCUGACCAAGUGGCUUCUCCAGUGGAACAGCAGUGGAACAGCAACAGGCGCAGGCGCAGGCAAACAUUGCACCUGGCUGAAUUCAUUGAAGAAGACUCCUUCAGCUCAGCUGCUCCAAUUGAAUCCCGGCACAAGCAUCAACAAACAAUGCAUUUUAGGGAUGCCAUUGAUGAAGAGUCAGUUGUAAACAACAACAAACAGAGACAUACUUUAAUAAAGUCUGAACGCAUUGAGGAGGAAGACUUAAAAAGCCAUCAAAUGGACACCAAGUCCAAGGCAAAACCCAGGCUCACAUAUCAUCUGUCAGAGCCCAUUGAGGAAGAUAUUUGUAGUGGUACUGCAACGAAAAAACAAGAUAAAAGACCAAACAGACAGACACUAACCAUGUCGGAAUCUAUCAAAGACGAUAAGAGUUGCAUUGAUUUAGCAGUGGACAUGGCAAUAGGUAUUGAUGAGCAUCUGCCAGUCGCUCCUGCAACUGAACAGCGUUGCAACAACAAGACAAGAAUGACAUUUCUUUCCACCUUCGAACCGGAAUCCCCCCUUAGUUCAAGCUUGAAGAAAACUAAAGAAACUCCAGAUACUCCAGGGCAAUCUCAAUGCGAUUCAGCAGAGUGCUUAGCUCAAAUGAAGGCUAAACUUCGUAAAACGUUGGUAAAUCCCAAUAAAGUUGAAGGAUCUAAAAGCAUCUCAAAUUCGACAUGUAUGGAAACACCUAGGAGAAUUAAAACACAACGUGAUUAUUUCCCCAACACACCUGGUCGCUCCAUGAUCGAGUAUGAAGAUCUGGAAAUGAUAUUAAAUGAUGUGAGUGAAAAUCCCAUAGAGUCAGCUAAUGAUCCAUCGACCUACCAACCUCAACCUCAAGACAUGGAACUCGACAUGAACAAGUCAUCAAAUUCAUUGAAUAUCAAACGAUUGCCGAUUCACUUGACUCCAAACUUUCCACAGCCAAAGAAGCGCAACAUGCAGCUACGACUAACAAUAAAGCAGGAGAAUCAGAACAACUCUAUUCUUCAGUUAGACGCCUCAAGACGAGAUGGAGAUGAUUUAACGCCACAAGCAACAAAAAAAUCUCGCAUUCCAGUUCUUUGUAAAACCUUGAACGUAAUCUUACCAUGGCGAGAAACGGAACCAGAACCAGAACAACUAGAUGCCUCCGUGCAAAUGAUUAGGGCACAAAUGACGGAGAGCAUUUAUCCGCCGGCGAAUAAGAUGCAAUUGGAGGCUGGAGCUGGAAUUUAUGAGGAUAAUCCAAUUACCAUAUCCGAUGUGUCGAGGCAUUUUGCGGCGCAAAAGAAAUUGGCCAAACGAUCACUUGCCAAUGCAGCGAAGGAGGAGGAGCCAAAGAAUACCUCAAACUCAAGCGCUAGUCGCAGUUCAAAUGAGAAUGAGAAUAGCAAUAAAAGCUAUGCAAAAGCUCAUCAAAAGUAUAUGAAUCUAAGUGGAGAUACUGUGAUCCUUGAUGCGGCUGAAGAAGUCAUUGACCUGGUGUUGGAUGAUUGUGAAAUUGACCAGACGCGACUUAGUCUGGUGUCAACCUUGCUGGACGUAGAUACUGAAUCUGAAUCCGAAAACGAAAACGAACUUGAGCCUGACCCUGAGGCUUGUCUGGAACAACUCAAUCCGCCAACUGUGGCUGGAUCAAUGGAUGCCUGCAAGAAAUGUAAGCAUUGCAGACGCUCCAUGGAUGAGACUCAGAUAAGUGCAGCAGACGAACUAGCUCACAUAAAUGAUUGGAGUGCCAUAGAGGAGGGACUUAAGGAUUUGCAGCGUUUGCGAGCAAAGCCAAGCCUUGUAGAGGUCCACAGAUAUUACGAACUCAAGGAGUUGUCACGCCUCUCCAAUGCCAGUGAUGCCGUAAGCGAACCAAUUCUCGAUGACAACGACAAGGAAGAAUGCCUAACACUACAAGAAAUGUUGGACAUUUAUCAAAAGAUAUUUGAUGAAAUGAAGAGCAAUUUACCGGAGCCAGUGAUACCCGCUCCAUUCGCAAAACGAGUGGAUGCCAAAUUGCGUGAGCAGGUCCCCAGAUGGGUAUUUGAUUAUCAACUGCAGUGCGAUCGUCAAUAUAUAAUCACGCAUCGAAAAAUUACCACAUUCAAUAUGGUUAUCAACUAUGAACCGCUGGAUAUUAUGGAAAACGAUAUACGUGUGCGCAAUAUUCAAGCAAUGACAACCAAAAUUUUUCCCAAACGUUAUUGGUGCGUAGACGAACAUCUACUGGAUUUUCAGGUGAGGCUUAAACUGCCUCUAAACCUGCUUAAUCUUCUGAACGGCAACGAUGAUGAUGAUAUUGUGAAGUUUCUAAAGCACGUUGACGCUAUUUGCUUGGAGACCUUAAAGCUUUGCAGAGAUCUGAAAUUGGUAUUAGCUAAAACAAGAGCGCGCCUUUUAAGAGAAACGAAUCGCACUGUUGUGCGGAAAACUAUAAGAAAACUAAUUCAAAUGAAGGAUGAAGCUUACAUGCGUGUGGAGAAAACCCAUUUUCUCAUUGAAAUCGGUAAUGUUGAGCAAAUCUCAUUCAAGGACAUUCUGCAUCCGCCAUUGUAUCAAUUCGAUGAGAAGAUUCAAUUUUUACCCAAGGGGAUCGAAUUCCUGAACGUCUUCUUGGAAAAUCCCGAAGAAUAUCUUAAACCCAUGGUCGAGCCUAAUAGUUAAGCGCAUUCGUUACAGUUAUCUUUCUCUCUAAUUACGUAGUUUAUUUGUUUUUACUUAAUGCCAUCAGUUUAUUAAAUGUACACGUAAUUGAGAGAUAGAACUUUUAAUCAUGUAUUUAUAUUUAAGUUAUCAUUUUAGUUUCUAUUGGAUCGUUGAAAGUGUUUGUACGAUAGAAAUAAGUCGUCAAUUAAACUA